AUGUCGAAAAUCACAGUCGCCGGAGUGCGCACGAACGUUCAGACCCUUCUCAAAUAUUCACACGAAGAAAAGAAGAGAAAUUUCCUGGAGACCGUCGAGCUACAGAUUGGCCUCAAAAACUACGAUCCGCAGCGUGACAAGCGUUUCUCGGGAACAGUGAAGCUGCCCCGUGUCCCCAGACCGGGCAUGUCUAUCUGUAUAUUGGGUGAUCAACAUGAUAUCGAUCGCGCGAAGCACCAAGGCGUCGAUGCCAUGUCUGCGGAUGAUUUGAAGAAACUUAACAAGAACAAGAAACUCAUCAAGAAGCUCGCUCGCAAAUACGAUGCCUUCGUUGCUUCCGAUGCCCUGAUCAAGCAGAUACCUCGUCUUCUGGGACCUGGUCUAUCUAAAGCCGGCAAGUUCCCAUCUCCUGUUUCACAUAAUGAAGACCUCAACAAUAAAAUGACGGAAGUAAAGUCAACUAUCAAGUUUCAAUUGAAGAAGGUGCUAUGCUUGGGUGUCGCAGUGGGUAACGUAGGAAUGACGGAGGACGAGUUGAUUGCCAACAUUAUGUUGGCCAUCAAUUACUUGGUCAGCUUGCUGAAGAAGGGAUGGCAAAACGUGGGCAGUUUGACAAUUAAGGCGUCCAUGAGCCCACCGAGAAGGCUGUAUUAG